UUGGAAUGCAGUAAAGUUACAGUUAGGUUGAGUUGACUCCUAUGCAACACAGGAAGCACAACAGAACACCUCGCGGAAUGAGCGACCCCGUUCGACUGCUGGACUUACUGCACUCCAAUCGACUCUGUCGGCUGCAUAAUCGUCGACGCUGCACUGUUUACAACUUGAGCGGGUAAUCACAAAUCGAUUUUGUAUUGAAACAUGCUACCUUUUGUGUUGGUAAAAGCUCUUAUUGAGGAUUAUAUGUGUUUGUCUGUCAAUUGUUGGACUUAAUCAUGGUGUAAGCAUGUAGUAACACACUUAAGCAUUCUUUCAAUUGUUACCAAAUAGCGUGGAUAAAGUCACAUCAGCCAAGUUGUGUCUUCAGCUAUUAUUCUUUGGAGGUUGGAGAUAAGAAAACGAAAUGGCCUCUUCAAAAAUUGCUAAAGGAAAAAGUAGUAAAAAGAACCCUUCGUCAAAAGCAAGAAUAAAAGAACCACCACCUCCCGGAAUGUUAGAUGAUCGAGUGUUUUCCCUGAAGGAUUUUGAUUUGAUAAAAACAGUCGGCACUGGGUCAUUUGGUCGAGUUCUUGUUGCGAGAGACAAGGUAGAAAAAAGCUAUGUUGCUAUGAAAAUAUUGAAUAUUAACGAUAUCAUACGCCUUGGACAAGUUGAGCACGUAAAAAAUGAAAAAGAAAUAUUGUCAAGUACAGCGCAUCCAUUUAUUGUGAAAGUAUUUUGGACUUACCACAAUGAGAGAUUUCUAUAUAUGGUACUAGAAUAUAUAUGCGGUGGAGAACUUUUUACAUAUUUACGCAAUAAAGGACGUUUUAAUGUUGUUACCGGACAUUUCUAUUCAGCAGAGAUUGUUUCUGCUAUAGACUAUUUACAUAAAAAUGAUGUUGUAUAUAGAGACUUAAAACCAGAGAAUAUUCUUAUUGAUCGAGAUGGACAUGUUAAGUUAACUGAUUUUGGAUUUGCAAAGAAGUUACGAGAUAUAACAUGGACACUAUGCGGAACACCUGAAUACUUAGCACCUGAAAUUAUCCAAAGUAAAGGACAUGGCAAAGCAGUUGAUUGGUGGGCCUUUGGCAUCCUAUUGUUUGAGAUGCUAGUAGGGUACCCUCCAUUUUUUGAUGAUAAUCCGUUUGGAAUUUACGAGAAGAUUUUAGAGGGAAAAAUUGACUGGCCAAAGCAUUUAGAUCCUGCUGGAAAAGAUCUUAUAAAAAAGUUACUAGUAUUAGAUCGUACGCGUCGUCUUGGUUGCAUGAAAAACGGAUCUGAGGACAUCUUGAAUCACAAGUGGUUCAAAGCAGUUAACUGGGAAGAUGUUAGGGAAAAGAAAUUAAAACCCCCGAUUCUACCAGAGGUCACACAUGAUGGCGACACCAAUAAUUUUGACGAAUACCCCGAAGACGAGUGGCAGCAGACAUUACCGGCAUCAAAGAAGGAGCAAGAUAUAUUUAAAGACUUUUAAGAAGCUACUAAACACGAGCAAAAUUCCAAGGAUAUUUCAGAGAAUUACUUAGACUAAUAACUCUUGCCGUGGACCUUCUACUUUACGGUUCAUUGAGCGUGGAAAUGCACAGCCACCUGCAACACUAUUGAUCAUUUUACAUGGUGCAUCAACAUUUGGUCGAUUACGGAUUCAGCACAAAAUAUUUAACGACUCAAUAAAAAUUUGAGAGCUACUCUUUAUAUUAUUUUAUAGUAUAUUUUGUACUAAUGGCAAAGAAAUAAUUAUGUUUGUGUUUACUUCCCAUCCAUGCUACAAAACCAUUUAAGUUUUUUUUUUUUUUUUUUUUUAUGAUUAAUUUAUUAUACUUGGUAGGCCUAGUUAAAAAUAUAUUUUUUAUUUUAGGAAUCUUAGUAACAGUUACGACUGCAACAUAGUUCUAUACAUUUGUGUGUGUGUGUUGCUUUAAGUGUUAAAACAAACCUAUCUUUCCAGGUUAAAGUAUUAUUUUAUUGUACAAUAUAAUGCGGAUGGAGUCUGACAGAAAAACACAAAAUUUAUCAUGGCAUAGGUUUAGACCUGCCGACUCACCCGAUCCCAAGGGUUGGCAGGUCUGCAGGUUUUUCCCAUUUGAUGUCAGAAGCAAAUAGUUGAAAGUAUUUGUAGAUAUAUACUGUACUACUAAGAGGCGGCAGGCCCGUAAUCAAGGGAUACAUCAGGGAUGUCGGACCAUUCCCACAGUACAGAAAGUUCCGCUUAAAUGAAAUUAUGAUAAAUUUAUAAGGUGAUGCAAUGUAGUGUUUUUUUGUUUAAAUUAUCUUAUAAAAAUACUAUUUUUUUUAUAACUAGAAAGGCCCUACUUUGUACUCUUGAGUUUGUGAUUUUUAUUCUGUGUGCAUAUAUCACAUUUUUUGCACAAUAUUUGCUAAUAAAACACAUGAGUCAAAGAUUAAUUUAAAAACGGAAACAAAUUUUAAGUUUCUUCCUAGAAAAUGGUUCUUGAAAAUGUAGGAAAACCAAUUUUUGCAGCACCCCGAUGUAGACUACUGUACUUCAUUCCCCUUGACACAAAGAGAUAUCUGUUUAGGUUUGAAACUGAUCCCUUACAUUACACAAGCUGAUGACAUAAUUAAUGUCGAAAUAUUGAAUCCCGACACGAUUGCGUGCAUUUCGAUACUUGGAGUAUGUAUUAUACUGUCUUACACAAGCUGGUUAUGGUCCUGCAUAUUUAUGAAAAUAGCAAUUGUGUCUACCACAGGAUAGAGAUCCAGACUGGAAAGUGACCAGGGGCGUAGACUGGAUUUUGGUCUGUGUGAUGGGGUUGGGAGGGAAGGUUGCGAAAAAUAAAAUUACUAAAUCCCAGAAUCCUUAUUCCAGUAAAAACUUCCAGUGAAAACUUAAUGGUCAUUUAUAGUAUUUUAGCCCACUAAUUUGCUGCCAUUAAGUGGGGGGAGGGGGCAAGGUCAUUAAAGAAAAAUGACCUUAUAUUAAAAUUGACUAUUAACUGAUAUCAAAAUAUGAUAUGGUAUAAAAAAAUUUUUCUGAGAAAAAUACUCAAUGAGGAAUUAUUUCCGUACCUCCUUGCUUUAAGCAGUCACUGUAACAACUCCCUGCUCUAAGGGAUUUUAAAUAUUGUGAAAAUGUAACAUCAUAUACCUUGAGCCAAAUUAAUAUCCAAGGUAGUUUGAUAAUAAUUAAAUGAAAAUGAAACACAAAUUGAUGAAUUUAAAGUGUGCAGUGCUGUCAAAUUGUGUUUUGUAAUACAAUUCCCAAGUGUACCAUCAUAGUUUGUGGGCCUGCAUUAAUUCUCUGUUUUAAUGUCAAAGGUCAAUAUUAAAGGAUUAUUUCAAAUGGAAAACACAUUCUUUGUAUUCCACUUUAACCAAUGAAAUUAAAAUGAGACCAGUAAAUUGGACCAAUGAAAUUUAAAAUUGAACCAAUAACAUUUAAAUUAGACCAAUAUAAUUAUAAUUGGACCAAUAAAAUUUAGAUUAGACCAAUGAAAUUCAGUUAGACAAAUGUAUUUAAAAUUAGACCAAUGAAAUUAAAGUUACACAAAUGUAUUUAAAAUAGACCAAUAAAAUUAAAAUUAGAUAAUUAAAUUAAAAUUUGACCAAUAUUACAAUAAAUGUUGGACCAAUGACGAACCAGUUGAAAAAUGUGCAUCCUGAAUUCUCUAUCAUGUGGUUGGAUAUGCUGUAAUUGUAAAGUGUCCAUGCUUUUGACUUUUAAUUACUGUAAUUAAUUCAAUAGAUAUAGCAUCCAUGCUAAGCUGAAAAAGUUAUUAUCUAAAUUGUUUUGUAUUAGAUAUGAAUUUAAAACUAUUACACAUUUUCCAGAGUCUUGGGAGAUUUAGGCUCUGCCCAGGAAAUUUUCUUUGACAAAAAAACUGUUGUAUGCCCAUAUAAUCCUGAUGUGCCUAUAUAUGGUCAUGAUGUGAAAUCAUUAUGACCAUAUUUAGGUGUGUCACAUGUUUUUGCCAAAUACAAUUUGAUAGUCUUGCUAGUGCCUGAAGAAUAGAUAAUCAAAUUACCUACAAAUCAUAUUUACACGCAAUUAUAAAAAAAAUGAAAUUGUAGGAUCUUUUGAGAACAUCAUUCAAUUAACACCAGGGGUCACAAGCAUGAUCCUCCCAGCAAAUGAAUUAAUUACAGGAAAACAUUUUUUUUUUAAUUAAGUGGUCAUUCACAAUUAUCAACACACAAGUGUACAAACAGUAUGCUCGGGGGGGGGGGGGGGGGAGGAGGAGCGGUAGAUAAUUUUGUACGUUUUUACAUAUAUACAUGAAAAUAUUGAUUCAAAAUAACAUGCAAAACCGGUACUUAAAAUAAUAUACUUUUAUGACCAAUUAUUAUGCAACCAUGGAUCAUGGAGUUAUAAAAUUAAAUUUAAUUAAAUUAAAAUUAAUUAUAACUCCAUGCAUGGAUAUAAUAGACACAUUUUUUAUGCAAUCAAAUACAAUACAUACAAAAUGCAAAAUAUGAAUUUUUAUGUACACUUUCAGUGGGGAGGGAGGGCAUACCCAAAAAUGUUGAUAUUUGUGAAUGACCCCUAAUGGAAGUAUAAAUAUUUUACAUUGACUGGCCCUGGCUGGUAAUCUUGGAAGUUUUUGUUGAGGUCUGUUAAAGUAAAUAAUUGUUUGUUUUGGGUGUGUUAUUGAACAGUGUUAAUAGAAAAUAUUCAAUGUUUUAAUUGAGUUUUCCAUAUUUUAUUAGUUAGUUUUAAUUGUUAUAGUGAAUACCGUACAACUUUUAAAUAUUUUCUUUUAAAUUAUAUAUUUUUAAAAUUUUUUCAUAGAUUUUAACAUGUUGAUUGCAAUGACUUCUUAUACAAUUUUUAUUCCUCGUAAUUAUUCCAACAGAUAUAGGACAAAAUCACAUUUUUGCAUGGUUUGUUUGCCAAUGUCAGUAUUCUCCAAAUUGAAAGAUUUUUUACUGGUAAUUUUACCCAUAUAAAGCCAACCGAGCUAGAGGCGUUAACCCUUUUAGGUGGGUUCAAUACAGGUUGAUGUACUUAUACAUAGGCUAAGCCUAGACUGGAAUGGUGUUUAUUAUUAAAAGAAAGCCUACCUAGGCCUGACCAACACACAGUUUUUACUGUUUGGCAGAUAAUUUUUCCAAAAUGUGAUGGCUAAACCGGCUGCAACAUGUUUGCAAAAUACAUUAAAAAAAUUAUAUGCAUAUGCUGAUUAUACAUUUUCUAAUUAUAUUCAACUUGAAUAUUGAGAUUACUUUAUCAAGAUUUGCAAUGUUAGAAUGAAAUAUUAUUGGGUAUUGAAGCUUUGAUAUAUUUACUUAAAAUGAUUUACGAGUCAGUUACAAUCCAUGUAUGGCCUGAAUGAAAACGAGUCCCCUUUUUAAAUCACAAAUCCUUGCAAUAUGCUACUGCUUGACGAAGUGCUUCUACUGAGUCAUCCUUACAUUAUGUGUUAAUUACAUACUAAGGAGACUCAUCUAAAUAUGAAUGAGAGUCGCAGAUAAAGAAUGGAUAUCUGGUUAUAAUUGUUUCAAAUGAUCAAGCAUUAACAGACCAUCAAUUAAGACAUAUAGAACUAACAAUACAUUUAACACACACUGUACUAAUUGGUAUAAAACCUCUAUACACCAUACAAAUUAAAACUUAUUCAGAAUGUUAAUGGCAAUGCAAGUUUGAAUUAGCAUCAGUGGCAUAUCUAGCCCUAACCCUCCCAUCCCCACGAGAAAUGCUCAAAGAAAAAAAAAAAUUACUCUCAAGCAGGUAAAUAUCACCUCAUAUCACUAAUUUUUGCACCUCUCCCCUCACUUGAAUCAUUGAGCCCUCCCAACCCCCAUCAGUCUCGCACAAAAGUCUCCAGCAAAAUUGGCACAAUCUUCACCACUCAUGCAGGUGUGCAAGAGGUGUUCCAACUAUGCCGAUUUGAUUACGUCUCCUGAAUUUCCAUGCAAUUUUCUCAAACCUCAAACACUAUGAACGAUGUUGGCAUACAAUGCUUUCUGAGUGUACGACACCCAGAAAGAUCACUACUAAAAUGAUAAUAAAUAAAAUAUGUGUAUGAAAGUGAUUUUCAACAUUACUGGGGGUGGAGGCGCCCUUCACAUCUUGCAAUUUUGAGAUUUAAGGGUUGGAACGUCUGCAGCUUGUAGAGGUUGAUGCGCAUAGUUAAUAAUCAAGUUUUUAUUCUUUCAAAAUGUGUGUGAAUACAGUAUUUUACUAUUCUUCCUCUUAAAACAUUAGUAUGAGUAUGUACAAUUACAUGAUAUUAUAAUGCAAAUUAUGUGGCAUGUCGUUAUUUAUUAACGUUAUUAAUUAUCCUUAUGAAUCAUGUAAUGAAUUGUCUAGAUGUCCUGCAAUAACCUCCAUCAAUAUCUCUACACAGUGUCUAAUAAAUCAGUACUGCCUUUACUUGUGAUUCAGUGGAAUCAACUUCAUAUUCACAUGUAUAAUAAACAAUUGGAAAUGUCAGGCUGUGCCUGUAGUUAGCAUUACUUCAUCAUUUUAAAAGAGGGAAAAAUAAUGUGUGAUACUAAUAUAAUGUUACAUCUUUUUGGUAAGACUGGUUUGGCUUCCCCCUAAGCAAAUAGUUAAAAGAAAUAAAAUAAUCCAGCUACUUUCACCAAAAUAGAUAUAAUAUAUGUAUUAAUGCACGUUACUCACCAUUUCUAAUAUAUUUGUAAAAAUAUACCUUUAGCAAUUAAAAAGAAAAUAAAAUUUAUGUUUGUAUAAAAUUUUAGGCCUACAUGAAUUUUUCAUUGUAAAAGUGUUCACCAUGUACUCUCCGUGGAGGUUCAGAUGCAUCUAAACCUGAAGAGGUUAACUACAGUAGCUACAAUCACAACAAGAGCUUGAGAUGUUAAAAUUUUCAAUGAUGGCUUAAAGUUUUCCUUUAAAUAUUGUAUGAAUGCCCCUUUAAUCUGUAAAGUGUUCAGAAGUGGUAGUCAAGAAUGUCAUGCUUAAUGAUGACAUUUUUUUGUCAUGUAAUUAUGACUGCAGGGCCUACCACUUAAUUAUCCAGCUUUAAUUCAUUCAAGAAUAAUUCAAUCUUUUCAUAUGAUAUUCUGAAUCAGCAACAUGCGCAUGCAUAAACUCUGCCAGCCAGGAAUAAUCAGCAAUACAUUAGAAAUAAAGGUCGAAAGUGACAUUUAAGAUUAAUCAUGUAAAUAAUUCGUUGUCUUACUUUUGCAUAAUAUUCAUUGUAUAACAUUUUAUACAGUAUGGUGUAUUGAUUUAAAUUGACAAGACCUGGGACCCUGGAUGUAGGACAGACCCCUGGGUGCAUUGGUAUACAGAUCCUAUGAGUGUCGUUGCAUGAGAAAAUAGGAGCUUUGAAAAUCAAGACUUGGGAUAUUGGAAUGAGACCCUGUGAGCAAUUAAAUUGGGGACCCACACUUACAAUGGGAUAUUGUUUUUUUUUUGUUAAUAUUAUUUUAUAAAAUGUAUAUUUUAUAUAUAUUAUAUAUAUGUUGAUUGAAUGAAUUAUUUUUAAUGAAGCUGUGACCAAAUUUUAUAAUGUUUUCGCUAUUAAAUAGUACAAGCAUGGGUCAUCAGAACCACAAAACCUAUCUUAGUUUAUUAUUUUAUUCUUUCUUUUGAUACACAAAUGUUUGUAAUUUAUCUUAAUGGAUGUUUAUCUAGGAAUGCAAUCAUUUAAAAAAAAAAAAUAUACCAUACCAUGUAGUAUUUGUGUGAUUUUUUAAAAACUAUAGUCCAAUGUUUAUUCAUACAAGUAAAAUUGUUAGAAUGUUUUGUUUGGCUAAAAUAAUACUUUCAUUAUUGUAACAAGUUAUGUAGGCCUAAGUUUACCUUUUGUCAGUUUGUCAAUAUGAAACUGUUCACAAUAUCUCUAAAAGAUUGUGUUAUAAGUGACUUGUUCACCACAUGAGAUGGUGAUAUUUUUUAGGAACACUCCUCUCCAUUGUGUUCAUUCAUAUUCAAUCUUAAAGUCAAUACAAGACUUGAAUACAAUUGAUUCUAUUUGCUAUGUUUAUUUGCAGUUUUAUUAAUACUUGGUUUAUUGAAUUAA